CUUGGGUUUGGUUGGUCGGUUCGCUGUGAGUUUCUCGGAGUUACGCUUGCCUUUCCGAGUUGAGCUCGCGUGGAUUGUAUUUUUGUGCAAAGACUGAGUGUCGUGACUUAAAAACUAUUCGACAAUGUCGUCCAAAACAAAAAAGACUGUGACAUCUUCGUCAAACAUAAGUGUUGUGUCAUCCGUUCAGAGCCCACAACAAUCGAGCACUCCUGUUGGAAGCCGCCCUUCUAGCUCUGCCGGCCGGCCCAGCAGCCCGCUUAGUCCUACAAGACACACCCGCUUACAAGAAAAAGAUGCGCUACAAAACUUGAACGAUCGUCUGGCGGCCUAUAUUGACAAGGUCCGCCAGCUUGAAAGCGAAAAUUCGGGAUUACGUCGAGAGAUCCAAACUACACAGGAGGUGGUCACACGUGAAGUUUCUAACAUCAAGGGGAUGUACGAGCAUGAACUACAAGAUGCUAGAAAGUUGUUAGACGAUACAUCCAGAGAAAAAGCAAAGUUAGAGAUUGAUUUGAAGAGAUUGUACGAAGAAAACGACGACCUUAAGAAGCGCUUGGACAAGAAGACCAAAGACUGCACCCAGGCGGAGAACUUGGCUCGUCACUACGAGACCCGCUUCACUGAGGAGAGCAACAAGUACAACUCGGCCCUCGCCGACAAGAAGAAGGCCCAAGAUGAAGCCAGGGAACUCGCCAAAGAGUUGGAGAAGCUCCGCAAAGUAUACGCGGACACUCGCAAGACCCUGGAAGAGGAGAUGUUGUGCCGCAUCGACAUGGAGAACACCGUGCAGAGCCUGCGCGAGGAGCUCUCCUUCAAGGACCAGGUGUUCCAGCAGGAGCUGCAGGAGACUCGCACCCGCCGCCAGGUCGAGAUCUCAGAGAUCGAUGGACGCCUGGCGCAGCAGUAUGAGGCCAAGCUACAGCAGAGCCUUCAGGAGCUGCGCGAGCAGCAGGAGGCCAACAUCAAGGCCAACCGCGAGGACAUCGAGGCCAUGUAUGAGAACAAGAUGAAGAACCUGCACGCGGCCGCCAAUCGCAAUAGCAACGCCGCCUCGGUGGCGGUAGAAGAGCUCCGCACCAUGCGCACACGCAUGGACUCGCUCAACUCCACGCUCAACGACCUGGAGAACAAGAACGCGGCGCUCAGCAACCGUUGCCGCGAGCUGGAGCGUCAGCUGGAGGCGGAGCGCGCUCGCCACGCCGAGGACCUGGCCUCCCUGGAGCAGGAGCUGGCCCGUCUGCGGGACGAGAUGGCCGCGCAGCUGCGCGAGUACGCCACGCUCAUGGACAUCAAGAUCUUGCUCGAUCACGAGAUCGCCACCUACAGGACGCUGCUCGAGGGCGAGGAGGACAGGCUGAACUUGACGUCGCAGUCGCCGGGCCGCAGCUCGUCGCGCGCGUCGGCCUCGGGCGCCAGCGCGAGCGGGCGCGGCACGCCGGGCCGGCGCGCCACGCCGCUGCGCGCCGCGCGCAAGCGCACGCUGCUCGACGAGAGCGAGGAGCGCAGCCUCGCCGACUACAGCGUCACCUCCAGCGCCAAGGGCGACCUCGAGGUCGCCGAGGCCUGCCCCGACGGCAAGUUCGUCAAGAUCCGCAACAAGGGCAAGAAGGAGCACAGCCUGAGCGGCUACCAGGUGGUUCGCAAGGCGGGCGAGCAGGAGACCAUCUUCAAGUUCCACCGCACCGUGAAGCUGGAGCCGGGCGGCGUGGCCACGGUGUGGUCGGCCGACACGGGCGCCGAGCACGACCCGCCGCGCGACAUCGUCAUGAAGGGCCAGAAGUGGUUCGUCGCUGACAACUUCACCACCGCGCUGCUCAACAAUGAACAGGAGGAGGUCGCCAUCUCCGAGCGCCAGCGGCGGCAGGUCAGCACGAGCGCGCAGCGACACCGCGAGCUGGCGCACAAGUUCCCCCGCCGCGAGCAGCUGGGCGAGAUCCGUGAGGGUGACGAGAACUGCCGCAUCAUGUAACGGACUCGCGGCCGCCAGGUGCCUCCCCACCACUUACGCAAUAGGAUUCCUUGCAGCCCGACACACGACUCACGUGGCCGUGGCCUAAAUUGGGCUUUUCUUGUGCAAAAAGUUAAAGUGCAGCCACCUACCUACCCACGGCUCACUCCCGUACGGUAUAAACGUGAGCACGACUUAGACCACGGCCAAAGUAUAUCAAAAAUGUUCACGGGACGAUUGCUAGAACUUGACUGGCUUGAAUUAAUAAUGUGUGAGCUUUAGGGAAUUGAUUUUAGUUGAAAACGAUCAUUAUUUUGAUGUCACAUGACAUGUUUUUUUAUGAGUAAAUAAUUUAAUGUAAAAGUACAGGCUUUUGGUACGAUUUGUGGUGCUUUAGAAAUAAAGUUACGUCGCGUUUCUCUACUUACUUAAAAGCUGGUUUGAGCACUGAUUAAAUUUACCAGAUAGGCUUGUUAGAUUGACUGAAGUCAAGUGCAAGAAAUAGCACUUAAUACAGCCUUAUAUCUCCUUGUAAUAGAAAUGAACGGCUAGUCUGAAAUGGCCUGUUAGUUCAGUAGCUGACCACUGCCGUUUUAGUGUAAUGGCACCCGUGAACAGAGUACAAACACUGUGGUUCACAUUAUUGGUAAGUAUAGCGACAACUUUAAUGAGCAUUGAAUUAUUUCCUUCACAAUACCGCUGACAUGAAAUGUUAUUGUUAUAAUUAUAAUAGUUGUGCGUCGACAUCCGCCUGCCCGGCGCUACAUUGACUGGGAAUCUCUUUUAAAUAUCACUCAAGUCUAGAUUUUGUAUUGUUGUCCAAGAAAUUAAACUGUUACAUAGUAAAAAAUGUGUGUGUCGUGGAACACUCGCUUGAAACGAAGUAUAUGAUUAUUAAUAAACAUACUAUGUUAUGAUUAACAAAUACGAAAAAAAUAUCGAACAUGCUCACAAAAUUUCACAAAUCAGUUCAAAAAUGCGACUUACAGGCAGGGAGAACAACUAAACAUAACAAAACAUUGUCGUACAAGCUAAAACUGAUACUCCCGCGCUUCACAUUCGCUUAGUCAAUCAUAAAUUUAAUAGUCAGCAAACAAGGAGACAAAUUAUAACUGCUAUCAAAGAUCCCCACUCAAAGUAUCGCCUUCCCAGUGGCGCUUCAAUUUUUACUUUUCUUUUUACGUGAGACUUUUGUAUGGUAAUCAUCAUUUUGUGUUUGCCAUAAAUCCCAAACCUAAUUUUAAAACAUUCGAUGCUCAUUUUAACGUUUUUGUCAAGAAUUAUAAAAUUUAGUUUCUAUAAAUUUCAUUUUUAUUUUU